AUGAUUGGACGAAUCCACGAGGAUGUAUUCAACAUCGAUCGUUUAAUGAUUAACGGUGUAGAUUUAAGGCUGAAGCUAACACKGUCAAAGAACGAGUUUUGCCUGCUUUCAUCCGCUACUGGAGCUAAUUUUAAGCUCGUUAUUGAAGAUGCUAUUCUGUUCAUUCGUAAAGAAAAAGUCAGUCCAUCCGUAAUGCUUGGUCAUGCCGAAGCUCUGCGCAAAACCACAGCAAAGUACCCUAUCAAGAGAAUGGAUUUUAAGGUUAUCUCCGUUCCAAGAGGCGCUUUGAACUCUUCUCAGGAUAACAUUUUCAACGGUCAGAUCCCUAAACGCAUUGUUGUUGCCAUGGUAGACAAUGAUGCUUACUCUGGGAACUAUAARAAGAAUCCGUUCAACUUCAAAACUAAUGAUCUGAGUUUCCUGGGAGUUUAUGUUGACGGAGAACCAUUGCCUUCCAAACCACCUCAACCCAAGUUCGACCCCGCCAACGGCUUGGGCUUCAUCAUGGCCUACCAAUCUCUGUAUUCAGGAACAGGCUCCAUGUUUGAGGAUCACGGAAAUGACAUAACCCGGGAUGAAUUCAAUCAAGGUUACGCCAUUUUCUGCUUUGAUCUGACCCCUGACCUGAGCAAUGGCGCGCACUACAAUCUGAUAAGAAAAGGAAACCUACGUCUWGAGAUCCAGUUCGCCAAGACACUCCCUGUGAGCACUAACGUUAUCGUUCUGGCUGAAUUUGAAACUCUGAUUGAAGUAGACAACCAGAGAAACGUCUUGUUUGAUUUUACGAACUAA